CAGGGAGAAAGACUCAAACUAACCUGGAGGUUGGAGGCACGUCGACUGACUGAUGCUUUUCUAGUCUGAGCCAUCAACCUGCUGUGUUUUCAGCUCCAAUGGCUUCCAGAUUAGAGCAGGAUCUCUGCUGUCCCAUCUGCCAUGGAAUCUUCAAUGAUCCUGUCAUCCUGUCAUGUCGCCACAGCUUCUGUAAAGACUGUCUGCAGAGCUGGUGGACGGACAGAGUGGCUCACGAUUGUCCAAUUUGCAGGAAGAGAUCUUCAAUGGAAUUCCCUCUGUGUAAUAUUGUGUUAAGGAACCUGUGUGAGACCUUCUUACAGGAGAGAGAUCAUGGAUCUUCAGAGGCUCUCUGCAGUCUGCACUCUGAGAAACUCAGACUCUUCUGUCUGGACCAUCAGCAGCCAGUGUGUCUCGUCUGCAGAGACUCAGAGACACACAGCGACCACAGAUUCAGACCCAUCGAUGAAGCUGCUCCACAACACAAGAAGGAACUUGAAGAAACUCUGGGGCCCUUAAAGGAGAAGUUAAAUGCUCUUAAUGAAGUUAAAGUGGAGUUUGAUCAAACAGCAGAACACAUUAAGGUCCAGGCCCGACACACAGAGACGCAGAUCAAGGAGCAGUUUAAGAAGCUUCACCAGUUUCUAGAAGAGGAAGAGGAGGCCAGGAUGGCUGCACUGAGGGAGGAAGAGGAGCAGAAGAGUCAGGUGAUGAAGGAGAAGAUGGAGGCUCUGAGCAGAGAGAUAGCAGCUCUUUCAGACACAGUCAGAGCCACAGAGGACGAGCUGAGAGCUGAAGACGUCUCAUUCCUGCUCAGCUACAAGGCUGCAGUGGACAGAGUCCAGCAGCGCCCCCUGCUGGAGGAUCACCAGCUGGGCUCAGGAGCUCUGGUAGACCAGGCCAAACAUCUGGGCAACCUGACCUUCAACAUCUGGAACAAGAUGAAGGACCUGGUCUCCUACAGUCCUGUGGUUCUGGGCCCAAACUCUGCUGAUCCAGAACUAAUCCUGUCUGAGGAUCUGACCAGUGUGAGAUGUGGAGAGAGACAGAAGCUUCCUGACAAUCCAGAGAGGAGGAGGUGCUGUCGCUGCUCUGUCCUGGGCUCUGAAGGCUUCGACGCUGGGACUCACAGCUGGGACGUCGAGGUUGGAGACAGCACAGACUGGGAACUGGGUGUGUUCUCAGAGUCUGUCAGGAGGAAAGGACACUUGUGGACCGGGUUGUGGACAGUAGGUUUCUCUGAUGGUAAAUACAAAGCUCACUCCACUUUACAUCCAUCCAGUGUUUUCCUACUGAAGAAGAAGCCCCAGAGGAUCAGAGUGAGUCUGGACUGGGAGGCCGGAAAAUUGUCUUUUUGUGAUCCCGACACUGACGCACAUGUACACACCUUCACCGACACUUUCAGUGACAGAGUGUUUCCGUACAUUUGGAAUGUGAAAAAUGUCACCUUGAAGAUUUUACCAGUCUCCGUCUCUGUGGCUGUAGAUCAGCAGAGUUAAGAGCCAGAGUUGAUCCGUUUUAUAUCACUUAUCUUAAAGUAAUCGUCCGUAUUAUGAGGAAUUAUUGUUACUGCGGAGUGCUGACAAAAUGUCAUAUUAAUAAUUGUCCCUGCUGGUUUUCAUUGACACGUUGGUGAAACGGUUAUUAAACUGUUUUCUAUGUGGUAUUAAAAAUGAACUUGGUGAAUCCUCCUGAAACCCUGAUCACAGCUUGGGUCUAAGUUCAUUAAUAAUUAUUAUUUGUAUAUAGUAGUUGGAUUCAUCAGGUUAGUGGCUGAGGGAAGUCUGAUAGGUCGACCAAGCUGACACACAAACGCACACACACCUUAACACACACUUUCACUGGCAGACUAUUUCCAUACAUGUGGAUGGGGAGUGGAGAUUUUACCAGUGACGGUGAAUGUGACGGUACGACAACACUGGUGAUGAUGAUGGUGAUGCCACGCUCAUAAACUCUUUGGGGUCAUUUUGCCCACAUUGAGGAUUUUAACAUGUCUACGUGUCACUGUUCUAUAAUAGAUUUUGUCUGAUCUAAUUCUAAAAUGUGUUUUGCGUUUUGUGUUUAAUGGAUGAAUCCCUCGUUACUUCGUUGUUCUGCUUAUGUCGCAGCGGCCAUGUUAACUUGUCAUAGUAGGAAAGUCACAUGGAGCCAACCUGCACAAAACAAGACCCUCCAUCUAGAUCAUCAUUUUUACACAUGCGAUUUUCCUGUUGUGACGUGUUGAGAUAUCUUCCAUUUAAAAGGCUUUUCAGAAACUCCAAUGAUUUUGUUUGAAGGUAUCGUAAAUUACACUGAUACAGAUUCCAAGUUGAGAUUUAAUUUAGUUUUUUUUAUAAGAGCAUGGGAUGAAUGUGUGACCAUGUGAUCUACAUCUGUAACAACAAAGAAACAACCUGUGAAAACAGCAAUACAUGCACCUGCUUCUAGUUUAAAAAUGUAAAUUAAUUUCCUUUUAAAUUAAUGUCUCUGUUGCUCUGGUGUUAAUGUUAACUUUUAUGUUUUUGUGCUCCACUUUCAUGCUACAACCCUUUUUUUAUAUAUAUAGUUGUCAUUUAUUCAUAAAGGUUU